AUGGAUUUACCGGGGACCAAAUUUACCAUUUACCUAGAAAAAAAAAGGAUUUACGUGGUACAACUUCACGUUGUUGUUAUGAAGCAAUUCAGAAGAAAGAAACAAGAUGUAAGAAAAUUUAAAAAGCUGUUAACAGUUUUAUCAAUUAAAACUGUCGUUUAUGAAACUCGAAAUGUUUUGCCGUUAAUUAAUUUGAACAAAAAGUCAGAAUUUAAUGAAUAA